AAACCGCGUCUCUUCGAAUCGAGCGGAGAGGACAGAUGCUUUAAAGAUCUCACUAACCUCCCUCACCGACCACUACUUGUCCAGACUGACAAAGACAUCUGAGGGCAGGUGCACUUUGUGUGACUGCCAUUUGAACGUUUAAAGUGCAGAAAGUAUGCCAAGUGCUUACCCAGACGCGUAAUAUCAAGCGCGAGUUCCCACCUCUUCUCUUUGAUCAAUUUAGAGGGAUUACAAAGGAUGUUGGAUUCCAAGGAUUCUAAUGUGAAAAUGACAUCUAGUCAUAGGAUUUCUUUUUCUAUAAUUGACAUAUUGGAUCCAAAGAAAUUUAAUAGGAAGAAGAAAAGCGAACUUUCUCCAACAAAGGACAAGCUUCCUUUGCUGAACGCAGGACUGGCACAUUUAGAAGCGGACACUGGCGCAGAUGGAGAGGAGCCACUUGAGCGCAUGGAAGCAGGCGAACACACAAAGACUGACCGUUCAAGUAGCGAGGAUCUCAAGCACCAGGUAACUGCCAGCAACCCACUUUUAGGACACUCAGCGACUGAGCCAGAGGAGCAAAUAGAGGGGGACGUGGACAGCAUCAGCAGCAGCGCCGAAACUUCAGCCACACAUGACCUCUUGCCCCACAAACGGCGGCGCUCGGAUCUUGGUUGUGCCAAGCCGCGACGCGCAAGAACUGCCUUCACCUAUGAACAACUGGUGGCUCUGGAGAACAAAUUCCGCUCUACGAGAUACCUGUCUGUGUGUGAGAGACUCAACCUGGCUCUGUCCCUCAGCCUCACUGAGACGCAGGUCAAGAUCUGGUUCCAGAACAGAAGAACCAAGUGGAAGAAACAGAACCCGGGUGCGGACAGCACAAUGCCACCCGGGCCCAACUCUUUGGUCAGUAUCAACCCAAGUCCUGUGACUUGUGUGUCGAGUUCAGCCAAUUACCAAACUUUCCCGUCUUUCAGCUCUGGGAACAUGAUCUUUCAUACUGAUGGUGCGGUUCCUUUGUCGUCCACUGGAGGGAUGUUACAUCCCUUCUUACCCAAUGGUUACCAUCUCCAGCCGUCCUACUUUACUCCACAUUUAUGAGACAUGCCCUGCUUCAUCUCCUGCGACUUGGUCACAUUGUGAUUGUAAUUAUUGGACUCUCACAAAAGUGUAAUUUUUUAAAAUGGUCUGUCCAUAGACCUAAUGACAGACAUCAGUCUUCACCCUUAAAUGAUUUGUUAAGAUGAUGGAGAAACCUCAUCUGAAGGAGCCUGAUAUGUAAGGCUUCUUUUCAGAUAUAUGGGUGGU